CAUGUCUUAUCUGAGUCAUGGGAGGGUUUAUGCCUUCAAUGAUGUCCUGUCUGGUGACACUAAAACGCUCAUCUCUACAUCCAGACACCUCUCCUCUGGCAAUAUGUUCUUAGUUUGGCACUGUUCGCUGCAGGGUCACGUCUCUGUCAUUAUUCGGUUUCUGAAAUGGCAAUGCUGUAGUUUGGUACGGUUAAUUUGUGCCUCAACUUUGCAGCUGAAGACUAGACAGGAUUUUCAUGCAACACUCUGUGGAGCCACAAGAGGGCGAUGUGUCUCAACAUAUCGCGUCACUGUUCCGUGGGAGGAUUAUUAUUUUUAUGUCCUACGAUAUUGUGAGUUUUGAAAUGAGGGGAAUGUUUGAUAUACAAUGACAAUCUACAGUGCUCAGUGACAUUGCGCAGAAAGCAGUAUAAUUAUGCUUGUCACUACACAUUUGGAUUAAAACCCCUGCGUUUAAUCAUAACAAUAUUCGUUAUUUUUGAAGCAUAUGCUAGUCAGCCUUGAAAACGCUGUGUUGAGGUGGUCACGACUUCUCUAACUGACUGUUGAAAAACUGAUUUGAAGAUCAUUCUGUCAGAAUUGGGACAGUGCGGCAUGAAAUUAAUUAUAAAUUCUUCAGGUCUGUAUUGACACCACAAUGAUGGAUAAAAUCAUGGAUGCAAGGAGUUUGGUCCGCGGCUGACGCGGAGUGCAUUGGUGUCAUCGUGGGUGGGAAAGAGACGCAAGAAGAAGCGUACCCUCAUCCCCCCGCCUCCUUCCCUGCGGGCGGCUCGGACGCGCACGCGUGCUAGACCGUGUGGGAAUGGCUGGUGUGUGAUCGGGGGUUGGGCCGCUGGAAGCGAACGCAGAGUUAAAGAGUUUUUAAUGUCCGCCAUGUUGGCCAUGGCGUAUUGAACCAGGGAGAGGGAGCGGAGCUACGGAAAAAAAGAGACCGAGAGAGAGCGACCAAGAUCCGGGCCUUCCCGGCUCCGUUCUUCUCGCCAUACCCAUAUUUUGUAACCAAUCGAACGGUUGACUCCUGGAGAACGCCACAGUUCCAUCAAUGAGAACUAAAAUUUGUACAGUUGUGAAUCGUAGGGGAUCGGAUAGAUAUAUGCUGCAUCUUUCAUUAUAAAAAAUGAGUAAAUUGUCGUUUCGGGCACGGGCGCUGGACGCUACCAAGCCACUACCCGUCUUCCGCUGCGAGGACUUGCCAGACCUGCACGAAUAUGCCUCAAUUAACCGGGCGGUACCGCAGAUGCCGACGGGGAUGGAAAAGGAAGAGGAAUCGGAACACCAUCUCCAGCGGGCCAUCUCGGCGCAGCAGGUGUACGGGGAGAAGCGGGACAGCAUGGUGAUCCCCGUGCCCGAGGCCGAGAGCAACAUCCCCUACUACGACUCGCUCUACCCUGGGGAUUUCAAGAUGCCAAAGCAGCUCAUCCACAUCCAGCCCUUCAGCUUGGAUGCGGACCAGCCGGACUACGACAUGGACUCGGAGGACGAGGCCUGCAUGCUGCAGCUGCAGAAGCGCAUGGAGAUUGGAGCCAUGCAGUUUGAGGAUAUGAUCGAGCGGCUGGAGAAGGGCAGCGGGCAGCAGCUGGUGACUCUGCAGGAGGCCAAGCUGCUGCUGAAGGAGGAUGACGCGCUCAUCCAGGAGGUGUACGAGUACUGGAGCAGGAAGAGGCGCAGCUCCUCCAGCGGCUCGCUCAUCCCCACCGUCAAGCAGGAGAAGAGGGACGGCUCCAGCACCAACGACCCGUACGUGGCCUUCAGGCGCCGCACAGAGAAGAUGCAGACGCGGAAGAACCGUAAGAACGAUGAGGCCUCGUACGAGAAGAUGCUGAAGCUGAGGAGGGACCUGAGCCGAGCCGUGUCCAUCCUGGAGAUGAUCAAGAGACGCGAGCGCAGCAAGAGAGAGCUGCUCAGCCUCACACUGGAGAUCGUGGAGAAGAGGAACGUUACCCCUGACUAUGGGGCGGACGUGAUGGCAGAGGCUCUGGCCCAGAGGGCUCUGGUGAAGCCCGUCUACAGCCUGCCCCUGCUGCCCAUGUCCUCCAGCGGCCAGCUACGCCACCACGACCUGCUGGAUCUCAAGGACUAUAGGAGCAAGCCGGAGAAGACGGAGGUGGUCCGCACCAAGAGGAAAUAUGAGAAGAAGCAGAAGGCCCCGCCCCUCUCCGCUCCCCAGCACAGUGGCCCCGCCCUCUUCAACCCCAAAGACCUCAACCAGUACGACUUUCCCAGCUCAGACGACGAGCCCUACACUCAGAUCCACUCAGGUUCGUCAGAGGCGGAGGAGGAGAACGACCCAGACGGAGUGUUUGCCUUCAGAAGGAAGGCUGGCUGCGUGUACCACGCUACGCGGUCAGAGACUGGCAGCUGGCCCUGGAGUGUGCCAGAGGAGGGCGGCUCGGGCGACCCCCGCUUCCGCUUCUCCCUCACCUCCCUCAGCAGACCCCCGCACUGCCUGGGCCUGGCUCGCAGACGCCUCGGCCGAGGGGGCAGGGUUCAGUUGGAUCGGGCCUCCUCAGAUCUGGACAGCGUGUUCCACAGACUGGACUCCACGUCAGAACCGGACCUCUCCCCGCUGCACUCCGCCAGUACCUCACACACACACACGGAUGCGGACACGGCUGCGCACACACACCCCACGGACAGGCACGGAGACGCUGCUGCAGACACACACACAGACACGCACAACACCACCUCAUCCUCACAGUCUUCGUCGUCGUCUUCGUCACGCUCGCUGGCCCACGAGCUCAGGCAGGUGCUGCUGAACAUCAGGACGUGCCGCUGGAGGCACUUCCGGCCACGGACACACACGGCCAUGCAAUCGGCCGCCGCCCUGGCCGCUGCAUCACGCCGGCCGCUGCGCGGGAUUGGCCGAGGAGCAGCUGGCGCACCGUUAAUUGUGGUUACAGAAGAGCAGUUCCAGCAGCAUCAGGAGCAGCUGGCCCUCAUGCAGAAGGAGCAGCUGAACCAGCAAGCCAACCAGACUCUCACCCCCACACAGAUUGUUCAGACACUGGACUCUGCCAGUGCCCAGUUUGCGGCCUCGGCUCUGGCGACGGCCGACCAGCUGCUGACCCUCAAGGUCAAAGAGGAGGGCAACACGGGUGGAGGAGUCAACGGCGUCCUGCAGCCCUCAGGUGUGUAUAAGGGCUUACUUCUCCCCACCACGACCACCACCAGCAGCCCCUCGUCUACGACAGCAGUGUCCUCGACAAUGACCCCUCCCUCUGCCUCCUCAACCCCCAACAACUCUGCCCCCACCGCCUCGGGCCCCCACGCCCCCAACACCCACCUCUCCUUGGGUAACCACGGCAACCCCACCAAUUCUACGCCACCUGUGCUGAUCGGCAACAACUUGCGGCUGAGCAUGCCGGCCCCGCCCAUCUCGGGCCUGACCGCACGGCACCUUCCCAGAAGCCUCAGCGUCAGUCCGGCCGCCCUCAAGCUUAACAACAACUGUCAGAUCCCCAAGGUCACCACAGCAACCAGUAACAUGGACCUGGUGCCCAGGGAGAACCACGAGCAGGAGAAGUCUCUCAACAGCUUGGCCGAGACCACAGUGGCCAUGGAGGUGACGUAGUGAGCCCAGCAGGGGAGGGGCUACCUGCUGUUCCACCUGUCCAUCAAUGGGUGCUGUGCACCAAUCACCAACCGGGGAUGCAAAGGGACGGCCAACGGCGCGUUUCCAGGGCAAUGGCCGCAGACUGGACAGCAACAACUCAUCUCUCUGCCACUUUUCUUUUUUGUUUUGAUCCCCUGACUCCCCCACGCACCCCCCUUUUCUUUUUCUUUUCUUUUCUUUUCUUUUUUCUACAACUUUGCAGACCUUACAAUGAGAGCAUCCACUGUACAGGAACUGUGUCUGGACUCCCUGUAUAUAAGUUACUUGAAUACAGAACUGUUCAUUUGUGAUGUUUUGCACUUGGGAAUCAACAUUUAAAAACAAAAAAAGAAGAAAAUGAAAAA